UUUCUGUAAGAUAGUAUGGCUCGGAUGCCGUACACUUGGCGACAGCCGCCGUAUCCUGGCGAUGAUAGUGACAAGCGUUGGAUAGAUCCCAGCAUGAUUAUAUUGUGUGAGGAUGGGGAUAUUAAUGCCGCAAUCGGACCAUUACUUGAUACGCUCUAUGAACCCAUCGGGACGGGAUUAAUAGCCGCUGUCUUUGUGCAUGAAACGUUGCGGGAGCAGUUCAUUGAGAAGGUGCGUGGUGAGAUGACUGUAAUGCAUCGUCAGGUGAAGAAGCAUGAUUUCUAUAAGAAGGCGUUGCGUCGCCUCGACUGUUUGGGUGCCGAAACGGUUGCUAUGAUGCAGCCAGAUGAUAUUGGCUUUCAAUACACAAUGGUCGAGGGAUCGCCGAUUGUUGUGUGUGACUUUAGUCAGAGUUACUUUAGCAUCAAUCAUCCCAGCACGGUGGUUACCCUGCACACAUUCCGUCACAGCCAAGAGCUUGGUGAGCUGACAGCCAAGGAGCAUCUACCGUUUGUCAGUGCCGCCAUUUGGUGUCCCAAGAUGUCGGCUGCUUACGAAAUAGCCCUGCUUCUGAAUGUGCCCGCCGUCUACAUCAACUGUGCCGGCAUCUCAUUAAUGCCCAUCGUGGAGAAGCAUCGCAACAAUCAAUCAUUUGCUUUGCUCCUUGCCGAUCAUCACUAUGAGGUCCUCGUAAUUCGAGGUCGGGCCAAGGCCAUUGUCUUUCCGGCGCCAUUGCCGUUGCUCAAGCGGCCAGAGCCGCCGAGUCCGGAGAGCCCAAGUGGUCAGAAGCCGUUAAGGAAGAACUCCAAGAGCUGAUGCCCUUCGACGUAUACGUAAUAUUUAUUUUAUAUGUAAUUAAGUCUGAAAUUCAAGUGAUAUGCUCGCAGAGCAAAGCGUA